GCCAACACUAGAGUUUGAUCGUUUCUGCGAUCAAGAAUUUGCACCUUGGUUCAAAUCAUAUGUAAGUAAUUUUUACCUUGUAUUCUAAUUUACCGUAUUGGUAUAGUAUAUUUUAACUGAAUAACAUAUUCAUUUGAGUUUAGGUUUAUGAUAAUCAAGCUCAUCUCGAACAUCAAAUGUUAUUUCAUCUAUCUUGGGGUCCAAAAGCAAUGGUCAUUAGAGGUGAGACAUUAUCACUGCAGAUUCUCGCUCUCUGACUUUUAUAUUAUGGAUAUUUUUCGACGGGCACGCCAUAGACGACACCAUUCAAGCAUUGGCCAGAUUGAUUCACCAUCUGAUAGGAUGGUACCUACGCCCUCCCCUCAGGCAGGACCUUCUCGUGGGCAGUCGCCAGCAGAACCUUCUCAUGGCCAGUCGCCGGCAGGACCCUCACGUGGACCAUCCCCGGCAGGACCUUCAUGUGGCCAGUCACCGGCAGGACCUUCAUGUGGCCAGUCACCGGCAGGACCUUCACAUGGGCAGUCACCGGCAGGACCUUCAUGUGGCCAGUCACCGGCAGGACCUUCACAUGGGCAGUCACCGGCAGGACCUUCAUGUGGCCAGUCACCGGCAGGACCUUCACAUGGCCAUUCACCUUCCCCACUUGAGUCGCCGAUACCUGCCAGACACUCAACCGUUGAUAUUGCCGACGCUCGACUGCAUAUAGUCCCUCUUGGAGACUCGUAA